GUUGUAUGCAGCAUUGCUUGUCGCCAGGAAGCGCUGUAGGAAAAGUACGGCUAUAUCAGAAGAAAUCCCCCUUUUAGUCGGCUUUCCCGCGCAAGGCUCGUUUUUUGCCGACUUGUUUCACCGAAUUGCUGCAUAGCACUGCUUGAAUCAUUUUGGUGCUCAGGCCGACAGUAAACGCGCUUACUGAAGGCAAACUGAGGUCUAGAAAGCCGAAAGUAUCCCAGCACGGGCGCGGCCGCCUGAACGGAUUGUUGCGCAGCGUGCUACGAAUGCUACGGACUAUGACUUAGCUGCAACAGCCCUAUGUACCGGGCUGCUACUUUCCGCCAUUCUAGGGCCGGCGCGCCAAGUUAGAUGCUUGACAGUCUUUUUAGCUGCUUCAGAGGCUCUAAAGAUGGCCAACCAUCUUCAGAGCAUGGCGCCGCGGCGUACAUGGGCGUGGAGAAGGCUUCGGCGUUCUCCGCUGAAGCCCUGUCGCAGCCCGCCUCUAGUCUAUUGAACCCUGUGAAGACCACACUACAUACAUGUAGUUCGUCUUCGUUAUCGGAGCUGGCGGUAGGCUCACCGGGAAAGGAGCGUGGAGCGCAAGGAGCGCGGUGCACGUCCGGGCCUUCAAACCUGACAAGCAGUCGCCCUUCCGUUCCCUUUCGGACGAGCAUACAAGACGACAUAUCUGGACAGCUCAACCAAUUGCAGUCAGCCAAGACAGUCAGCCAUGACGGUCGACGGUCAGUCGGCGUGCCGGUUACUGAGACCCCGCUGAUGCGUGAAGAGUACCUGAAGCCCAGCAGCGACCGCGCGGCCUCAACGCCGACCGAGCCGUCCAUAGUGGGGCGAUUGCCCACGCCUGCUAUGCUUCUGUCUUUGAGGACGCAUGGAUUCGUGACAACGGACGGGUGGGGGCCGAGUGGCGUGGGUGCAGCUAGCCCCUCAAUCUUCACCAACGGCGGCGACUCCCCGACCGCCGGCGAUGGCCGGCCCUACAGCAUCGACUUCAUGGCGAUGGGCCUGGGCGACCUGGGAAAUAGUGCCAGCGAGUCUGCGUCAGGUCCUGUGAGCAUCUGUGGCCUCCAGCCCCAGCUCCGGUUCUCGACCGCCGGCCAGCUGGCGCACGAAGUGGCGGCUCUGCACCUGCUCGGGCGUGGUGGUUAUGGCGUCGUGCUAUCCGGUAAUUGGAAGCAGGAGGGGCGUGUGGCCGUCAAGGUGCUCGUGAGCGAUGAGAAAUCAUGGAUGGACUCCUGCUACAAGGAGGCGGUGCUCAGCAAGUGCCUGGCGCACCCGAACUGCCUGCAAACGUACGACUUCCAGAGCGCGGUGCUUACGGAGGCGGAUGUGCAGCGCGCGCGCGCCAGCUGGGAAGCUGCGCAUACAGCCGUGCACUCGGGCGCCCGGGACGUGGUGUCCGGUAACAAAGGCGCCGGUGCAGGUGGCUCACUGUCUGCGAUGAACGGCGGAGACGGGGCGGUGGAGGCUGACGCGCGUAUGGAUAGCUUUGAGCUGCUGCCGCCACCCUGUGGCAGCUUGCCGGAAGCCGGGUGUGCCGGGGCACGGCUUGGCACCACCGGCAGCUGCACUGACCUCUGGCAGGUUCUGUUCAUGCUGGGGGCGCGGGCGGGCCAGUUCCUGACGCUCAUCGUCAUGGAGUAUGCUGAGGUCGGGACCCUGCAGCGGGCCAUCAGUGCCGGCGCCUUCAGGGAGGGCGGCCGCCUGAGCAAGUGGGCUGCGCUGCGGUCGCUGCUGGUGACAGCCAAGGAGAUUGCGGGCGGCAUGUGCCUCCUGCACAGCUAUAAGAUCAUCCACGGCGACUUGUCCCCCACGAAUGUGAUGCUGCGCGCCUCGCGCAUCGACAAGCGCGGGUUCGUGGCAAAGGUCGCCGAUUUCGGGCUGUCCAAGGUUACCGCGUCAGGCGUUGCGCGCACGGAGGAGUACGCCGGCCAGGCCCAGUACCUCGCGCCCGAGUGCCUGGACUAUGAGGCGCGCCUGGCCAGCGACGUGUUUGCUUUCGGCGUGCUACUGUACGAGAUGGCGGUGGGGUGCAAGGCGUUUGCGGAGUACCAGCCGGCGCAGAUCCUGGUGGGCCGCAUAACCGGCGACCUGGAGCUGCACUGGCCGGCCGAGGCGCCCGCAGAGGUGCGCGCGCUAGCGGAGCGCUGCAUGCAGCUGGACCCGGACGUGCGGCCGUCCUUCCGCGAGGUGGUGGAGGAGCUGCGCCGCCAGGACAACGAGGCGAAGAUGGCGCACCGGCAGUACAAUGCGCGGCGGCGGAGCACCAUGGAGGGCCUGGCGUCGGGCGGCCCGCUGCCUGCCGUCCGGCAGAUGUCGUCGCUGGGCCCGCACCGCUCUUCCACCGCGCUUGGCACUUGCACUCCGCGCAAUGCGGGGAAUGGGACCGGCAGCGGCAUGAUGCCGGCAGGGUGCUUCGGCGCCGGCUGUGCCUCAGGGGCAGCGGCGACGAUCUCUGCCUACGCCUGCAUCAGCAGCGCCUGCGGGGCCGUCCCCUCCUCCAGCACCAGCGGCUGCCAGGGGCUCCGGUCCAGUGACCAGACGCCGCACACGGCAUCGCAUGCGGGCGGCGCCCCUGGCGGCGGAAGCAGCAGCGUCUUCAGUGUCACGCCGCUGCACCACGAGUCGCCCAUGGCGUAUUUCGCCACCACACCGGGUGACAGCAUCACGAACCUGGUGCCUGGGGUGGCCAAGCCCCCGACCGCUGCCUCGGCACUGCUGGGCAUGGCACCAUUCGCGACCAGCGCUGCCAGCAGUGCGGAGCUCCCUGCGCUCCUGCUGGCGCCGGGGCAGCCCGCGCACCUGCAGAUGAACAUCACGCAUCGGCAGCACUCGCCGGCGGUAAUGCAGCUGCUAGCGCCGGCGCCUGCCGCAUUGUCGGCGCCUGCCAUGGUCACGAUGACGCCCGUGCCGCCAUCCCAGGUGCGCGGCUUGGCAGUGCCCGUCCCGGUGGCGCCUGCGGCGUAUUCGUACUAUGCGCUGGCAGGCAUCAGCCCGGCCGGGCCUGUCGCAAAGCUGGAGACGAUUGCGUCCGGAGAAAUACACCUACUCGAGCGCAGCCUUGCCAGCGCGAACAGCAGCCAGGUGCUGCGGCGGAGUCUGGAGUCGGCGCGGUAAGCAUACUUUUGCAUGGCAUGCGGCACGCCUUCUAAGGCAGGGCGCUUUUGGAGAUACCUCUAGCACCCAGAGAGCUCGUGGGUGGCUGCAGGCUUGGGAGCCGUUUUCACUGGUGAAGGGAGUUGCAUGUCAUUUACCAUCGCAGGCUUUUCCAUGCAUGCAUGCACGAUUGACAAUGAAGCAUGUGUGACUCGGGAGGUAUGUGUGGGGGUGGUGCAAGCUCCCUUCCAGCUACGAUGCCGUUUGGAGGGAGCGCGCCCCCUGUUGGCAAGGGUGUUUAGCCAUGGACGGGGGUCGAAACGAAGAAUCCGUAUGGGCUACUGGUUAUUCUGGGAAGGCCAGCAGCCGACCAUUGACGUUUUGUAAACUGGGUCCCUAGGUAUGGUCCCAAGACAGCACAGUGCACCAGUGAGAAUACCUGGAACGAGCCGGGAAAUCCUCUUAACCGGAGGCGACUGGUGCCGGAUCGCGCUAUACCGGUAUUAUCGGAUCGUGCUACGCCGGUAUAACUUGUGCUUCUAUGUUAUAUGCAUAAAACAGCUUAACACAGCACCCGGAAGUGUGUUGAUGUAUGCUGGUUGUUUCGGGUCGUGUGCAUGCACUUGUCCGUGACUUGCGCGGCCUGACGAACAGCGCACGUUGCGCUUGAGAGGCGUUCACGGCAGCAGAAGUGCAUCGUCGGUUCAGAGGCAUCACUUAUGCCAACGGAUGGCAUCGUUUGCCGCUUUUUUUUGAGGUUUUAUUUGUCCUUUGUCCUCCCUAAGGCAGCCACCUCCUUGUUUGAGGUUUUAUGGAGUCAUGUGACCAGAAGGCCCGUGGCCAGGUCCCUCCUGAGAUAUUUGUUUGUGUGUGUGACAGUGUUGUCAACGUUUAAUGUCACGUGAUGGGUAUGUUGUACUGCAUGUGGCUUGGCGCCUUGGCGCCUCCGGGUUUGCUGCGUUGGGUGGGGGCAUGCAUCAUUCCUUCACGACAGACGCCCGUCCACUCAAGCCAGCUUUACUUUUUUUGGUCCGGGGGCGAAUACCGGUAGGUUUACCCGUGUACGCUCAAAAGAGAAGAGGCAGCGGCUACACCAUUACAUGCUGUAGACAUCUUUUCUGGCGGGUGCGACUCCCGACCACUCUUUGCGGUGGUUGGGGCGUGCAUGAGACAUGGUCGUACUAUGGCUUGACGUAGCUGGAGUCCAGCAGUGCCGGGAAGUUUAGACGCUAGUUAGUUGCAUGAUGCGGAGAUGAAGCAUUGGUUCGUGGUUGUGAUGCAUCCGUGCAACGAGGCUGCGAGGGGGCACGCGGCAUGCGAUGGAUGUUGUCUAUCCAGUUUGGAUGAUCACACCGCCGCAGCGCCAACUGUGCCUUGAUUGCCAGGGCAUUGGUGACCCCGAGCAGGACGCCGUUGGCAAGUGGAAGCGAGAGACGAGCCUCCCAUUCAUUGCGUGAGAGAUUCUGGCUGAAGAACACGAAAGGUGGAAGGGUAUUUAUGGAUAACGUGGGUGGAGGACUGGAGGCAAGAGGACGUGAUGCACUGGUAAUUCGUAUUGGCAGCUUGGCGCUACAGAAUGAGCAGCUCGCAAAUCUUUGGUGCCGUCGGUUGUCCUUGCGAAUGUUAUGGUAAGCCCUUUCAGAGAAGACCAAUGGCGUUACUGUUGUUUGCAGAGGCAUGAAGGACGUGACGCCUGCAUCACAACUGUCAACCGCAUCUUACGUAGGGCGUGUAAGCCAAACCAACCUGCGCCAUUGCGUAGGCGUACACCAACUGACCAACCACUGUUGUGCGAGGGUGGGCUGUGAAAUGCACGCACAAUCAUGCCGCCUUCACGAGUCACCCGCCAGCACGGCUUGGAAGUCCUGGUGCGCCUAAAGCGCCAGCCGCCAGGGCGUUACGUGUACUACUGUUAGGCGUGAUGUGCGCCCUAUCUAUACCCCUGUCAUGCCAGGGACCAGGGUUACCGUGCAAGUGCUUUGGCAGCCUGCAGCGUGUCUGCUGGCUCCUAUGCGCCUCAGUAGCCCCCUUAGCCUCCUGCCUCGUGGUGUACCACGCAGCCAUUUUGUUUGGGGGCGGGUUCCGGGCACGGGUUCCGGGUGGACUUCGGAUGCCCAUGCAAGGUGGGUGCGGUGUCAGUUACUCAGUUUACACGCUGGGGCGGAUAAACUUCGGUCACCGCUGCCACGGCAUCCGCUAUCAGCGCUGUACUCGUCUCGUGACGGCGCAGGCGAAGAUGAAGAAGUUCGGACACGUCCAUAUGGUGCAGAAGGGCUGAGUGGGCAGUGUUAAGUGUUUGGCAGCGGGUGACGGUCUGUGGCCAGCCCGGGCCAGCCCUGUAGCUAGUGGGUUGCUGGUUUGGGACAUAGUCUGACGGAGUCAACAGUGGCGCAGUGGCAACGGCAGGGUUGGCAGGGGCGCAGACCUGUAGAGUGCCGGCACUGACGGCGCUGUGCAGACUGUUGGCAGCGGCUGCAGUGGGCCCAAGCUGGCUAAGGGGGCAUGGGAGGUGGGCGUGCGAUGGGACACUGUUCAGGUGACAGGCCCUCGAUGACACAAGCGUUA